AUGGCUAGUAUAGUUUUACGUGUGGGAAUUUUUGUCCUAGGAUUGCCAUAUGCUCUUCUCCACAGUGGAUACAGUGGCUUGUUUCUUAUUGUCUUGGCUGCGGCAUUAUGCUGUUAUACAGGCAAAAUUCUAAUCGCUUGCCUGUAUGAAGAAAAUGAAGAUGGGCAGCUCAUAAGAGCGAGAGAUACGUAUGAAGAUAUUGCAAAUGCCUGCUGCAAAAAGCUGUCUCCUAGACUAGGUGGCAUAGUUGUCAAUGUGACCCAAGUGAUGGAACUGAUCAUGACAUGUAUUUUGUAUCUGGUUGUUAGUGGGAAUUUGCUGUCACACAGUUUUUCAUAUGUACCAGUGACUGAGAAAACUUGGUCUGUAAUUGCAUUUCUUACACUGCUGCCUUGUGUAUUUAUCAAAACUCUAAAAAUUGUUUCCAAACUCAGCCAGCUUUGUUCCUUGGUCCAUUUCAUUAUCAUCUUUGUAGUGAUGACUUACUGUCUCACACAAAUACAUCAGUGGUCCUGGGCAAAAUUCAGACUCUCCCUGGAAUUUGAAGACUUCUUGGUCUCCAUGGGGGUGAUAAUUUUCAGUUACACGUCUCAAAUAUUUCUUCCUACACUUGAAGGUAACAUGAAAAACCCAGGGGAAUUUAGGUGUAUGCUGAAUUGGACUCACUUUUUUGCUUGUAUCUUGAAAACAACCUUUGCCCUGUCUGCAUUCUUAACUUGGGGUGAAGAGACGAGGGAAGUUGUUACUGACAACCUGCCAUCAUUUCUUCAAACUCUAGUGAGUUUGUGCCUAUUAACCAAGGCUCUUCUUUCUUAUCCUUUGCCCUUUUUUGCAGCCACGGAAAUUGUUUAUGCUUGUAUUUCUAGAGGCAACUAUUCCAAUUACAGUUCCCCACUGUUUGCUUUGUGUGUAAGAAGCAUAUUUCUCCUGUUAACUCUGCUGAUGGCCAUGUUCAUACCACAUUUUGCACUGCUGAUGGGCUUAACAGGCAGUGUAACAGGUGCUGCUAUGACUUUUCUUCUUCCUUCUCUCUUCCAUUUAAAGCUUAAAUGGAAAAAACUAUCCUUCUUUGAAAAAUGUGCAGAUAUCUCUGUUUUUAUUUUGGGUUUCCUUUGCAGCCUUGCGGGCAUUAUUUGCUCAAUAAAAGGGCUAUUCAAACUAUUUGGAGAGGGGUAA